AUGCCAUCUUCAAAUACAGAAAGUUCCCAUCAUUCGGUACGUCCUUUGAAGAUGCUAGGUAGGAAACUAAUGAGCUCAAGAAGCCAUGCUAAUUUGGAUAAUAUCGACGUAUCUAAAUCAACCCCCGCGGUAGUACAUUCUCAAGCCCAGUCUUCAGAUCCAUCUCAACUGCACCCAACUACAAAAUCAAGAUCUCAGUCUCAGUCAACUUAUACGGCAACUAAAUCGCGAUCUCAAUCACGAUCCCAAUCAACAGACCAUCAUGAUCUUUUCCAUAGUCACCACCUUCAUAGUCAUAAUGAGAACGGUGCUGAUGAGAUCCAUACGUCUAAACACUCAGCCAUACCACCAACCACUUCACCAUUACAUUCUACAGGUAAUAGCACCAAGAGUACUAGUAGAUCACCACAACGAAAUAAAUCAUCGAUAUUACAUAGACCUCCAUCUCAUGGUAACAUAAAAAACACCACUGCAUCAAAAUCAUCGCAACCUCACAUGAGUAAAUCACCUUCUUCACAAUCGGUUAGUUCACACAUGACUGCUACAAGCUCAUUAAGUAAAAGACAAACUGAGCCAAACCUUGGUUCCACUUCGUUAUCAUCAGCCAAAAAUUUAGUUAAACACGCCACAAUUUCAAAUCUAAUAGGUGGUGGUUCUUCAAAAGAAUCUCAAAGUCAUAAUAACAAUAAUAAUAACAAUAAUAAUAACAAUAAUAAUAAUAAUAAUAAUAAUAAUGAUAAUAAUAAUAAUAAUAAUAACUCAACUGCUUCUCAUAGUAACAAUGGCAGUAACAACAACAGUAGUAAUACAGUGAUUAAACCAACAAGCUCCUUAUCCAAUAUAAUGGCUCAUAAUCAUAACCCUUUUUCAAAAGAUAGUAAACCCUCAGAAUUGUUAGGCUAUGGUACUUCUAUUUCAGGCCCAAGAAAUUCUCGACAAUUAGGUAACAGACAACAUCACACUCAUCAUUUAAACUCUCCAAAGCCAAAACCUCAUUUUGCACCUGCUAAACAUGAACCUAUGGUUUAUAAUCCAUACGGAUUAAAUAACUCAAGACCAGGUACCGCCUUUAUUGAUACUGGAAAGAAAGAUAUAUCUUUUUAUAUGCAUGACGGUAAUGCUGAUAUCAAGCUAUUACCUUUGCCAAUUGCAGAUCCGAAUAGUUUUCUACCUGAAAAUUUAAAACAAUUUAGUAUUGCUUUAAGUGAUAACUUUGUCUUUGAUACAAACAAUGAAACAUUGGGUACUGGUGGUUCAAGUGAAGUUCGUAGGAUUAAAUCUGCUUAUAAAUCAAAAGAUACUUUUGCAUUGAAAAAAUUAAAUAUGAUUUAUCAUGAAACUCCUGAGAAAUUUUAUAGAAGAUGCGCUAAAGAAUUCAUUAUUGCCAAAUCGGUUAGUCAUAACUUAAAUAUUGCAAGUACUUUUUAUUUGAUGAAAGUUCCAACGACUACAUAUACUACUCGUGGUUGGGGGUUUGUCAUGGAAAUGUGUGUUGGUGACUUGUUCCAAUUGAUGGAAAAAACGGGUUGGAAAGCUGUGCCACAGGCUGAAAAAUAUUGUAUCUUUAAACAAAUUGCCCUUGGUACUAAAUUUAUUCAUUCUCAAGGUAUAGUUCAUCGUGAUUUAAAGCCUGAAAAUGUUCUAUUAUCAAAAGAUGGUGUUUGUAAGAUCAUCGAUUUUGGUAUUUCUGAUUGGUAUCAUACACAUCCUGAUGAUUUCAGUAGUCCGCAAAAGACUUGCGAAGGUUUAAUUGGUUCUACUCCAUAUAGUCCACCUGAAGUAAUGGUAUUUGACUCUACUAAAAAUUAUCCAAAAAGUGUACAAAAACCAUAUUACCCAUUAAGAAUGGAUUGUUACGCAUUGGGUAUUAUUUUAAUUGCAAUGAUUAAUAAUACUAUACCGUUUUUUGAAUCAAGUAAAAAUGAUUCAAGAUUUAGAGAUUAUGAAGCUUCUUAUAACAACUAUAUUAGACAUAUGAAUAAACAAUUCCGUGAAAAGGGUCAUUAUAGACCUGGUCCAGGUGCUGAAUAUAGGUUGGCAAGAAAUUUCAUAGAUACAGAUGCUUCAAGAGUAGCCUUUAGACUGGCAGACCCUCAAGCUGAUACACGUUAUACAAUUGAUGAUCUAUUUGAUGAUCCAUGGUUUCAAAAGAUUGAACUUUGUAUUGAUCCAACUGAUCCGCCAAGAGGAUUUAAGGUUCCAGAAUUGAAAAAAUGUAGCUCUCAACAGGGUAAUUUUAUCUAUAAUGAUGAUCCAACUGAAUCGGCAAAGCAGGAGAUCAGCGAUUCUACUCCAUCCCAAAUUAAGAUCAGAAACUCGAUAUUAGCAUUAGAUAAAGAAGCUGGUAAAAUCUCAAAUACUUCUAUAUCGAAAAUAACUACUGAUACUACUAUCAGCAGUGGAAAUACUGAUCUUUCGAACACAUUAACAUCUCAUCCGGCAUUAGAGGUUACGAAGAGUGCAUUAAAUGAUCAAGAUGAAGCACCUGUAGUUUUAAUUCCAGAAUUAAAAUCAAAAGAGAAUUCAUAUGCUACAAUUACUGGUAAAGGUGGGCCAUUUGGCCAUGGUGAAGUGUUAUUUACACUUGAUGAAGAUCAACAAAACGGUAUCGCAGAAUUUGAUGAUAAUGAUGAAAAUUCUAUUGUCGUAGAUAAGGAUGACCAGAUACCACAAGUUAACAAGAAGACUGUUCUCACUAAUGUCGUUAAGGAAAAUCCUAAAAAUACGUUGGAUGAUCAGUUAGAAGAAGUAGCUGAACUACCAGAUACCAAUGAUGAAGAAGGGGACGAGGAGAAAGGUUGCUUCGUAGAUGCUUCAGAUAUCAUGGAAGAAUGCAACACACUAAGUUAUUUGGAAGGAAUAAAAGUGAUGCAACAAUAUCCAAUCGGAAUUCCAUUGACUCCCAAUGCUCUGGAUCAUCUAGAACCAAUAAGCGCCAGCAGCUCCCCCAAAUCUCACGGUAAUUCAUUACUUUCUUCUCCACUAGAUACUUUAAACUCUCCAAACAAACACUUUAGUGUUGAAACCACUACUACAUCUUCAGCUCAACCAAUCUCUGUACAUACAUCUCAAGCACUAACUCACAAUGGGAUUGGUAUAUCUUCACCAAGUUUUAAGUCAUCAAGUCCAAGUUCCCCAAUCCAUGCACCUGCUCCAAUUAAAGAUUAUGGUGGAUCUAAUUUUGGCUCUGAAUAUGCAAGAGCCAAGUCUUCUACCCCAAGAUCUACUACUGUAUCAUCUCAAGUUUCAACAAUGAGAAGCAAUUCUCAAAGAAAGAAAAAAUUGGCCGUUCAUCACCACUUGGAUGUCACAAAUAGUAUUACUGCUUCAGGCGGCUCAAGGUCUUACACGGAUAGGUGA